UUGACACCACAUAUUGUUAAUGUUCUUCUCUCAUUUCAAUAUCUUAUCACAUCGUCACAUCUAACUUGCUUUCCUUCAAUGGAGUCGGCGAGUGUGAUUAAAGCAUCCUUCCCAAUUUUCAGGAGCAACCCAUUUUCCCUCUCAACAAGACUUCUUAGUCUUAGACCCUUCAAUGUUUCCGUCAAACCCCCACCCCCUGAUUUCGAUUACAGGAGAGAGAUGUCCGAGGAAUCCAGAGCCGCCAUAGCUGAAUCUCACCCUCAGUUGCUCGACUUGGCUGACAACGGAACCUUGGUUUUGGUCCAAAAGAAAAGCUUUGGUCCUGUCCCUCCUUGGAGAACCCAAUUCGUCGAACCUGAAUCCAUUUGGUUGCUAGGAACUACUCAUGUUUCUGAGGAUUCGGCUUUGCAAGUAGAACGUGUGGUGCGGGCUCUCAAGCCAGAUAAUGUUGUUGUUGAACUCUGCAGAAGCAGAGCUGGGAUCAUGUAUGCUGCUGCGAAUGAUGAGCUUGGCAAACAGAUGCGUUCUAAUAUGUUCUCCUUAAGCGGCACUGGUUUCUUUGGAGCUGUUGGUCGUAGCAUAAACCUAGGUGGUCAAACUGCUUUGGCAUUACGGUUACUUUUGGCUGCUUUUUCAUCGAAGAUCUCUUCAGAUAUUAACCGUCCUUUUGGUGAUGAGUUCCGUGCAGCUCGAAAAGCUUCCGAGGAAGUUGGUGCACAAAUAGUUUUAGGAGAUCGGCCAAUUGAAAUAACGCUUCAAAGAGCAUGGAAGGCUAUGAAAUGGACUGAGAAACUAAAUUUAGUAUUAUCAAUUAUUCGUGGGAUAUCAUCUUCGUCUAACAUUUCUGUAAAUAAGCUCAAGUUGCAGGAAGCAAGUCAGAAUGAUGGUCCAUUUCAGCUUUAUGAGCAACUCAGUUUUUCAUAUCCUUCCUUACUGUCACCUCUCAUACAUGAACGAGAUACUUAUCUUGCAUGGUCAUUGAAGCGGAGCAAAGCUGUGAAUAACAGUAAAAGUGUGGUGGGUGUGAUUGGGAAAGGGCAUAUGAACGGUGUAAUAUAUGCAUUGUUAUCUGACACGGGGAAUUUGAGGUUUCGAGAUCUAGUAGGGAAAAAAUCAUAUGAUGGAGGUUCUAGCGGUUGGAUAGAUGGCUUAAUCAAGAGUUUAGUGAGAGACACUGUCAUUGGCAUCUUCUUAUGGGCCUUAUAUGAAUUAAUAAAUGGAGGAACGUAAAUCAAGCCCAUUUAUGUUUUUCAGUUUCGUUAGAAAUUCUAAGAUAUAUAUAUAUAUUGUAAGAGAUUCUGGAGCAUUAAGAAAUGGAGCAAUAGAUAUGGACCAAUAUUUUAGUAUUAGAUAUACAUCAUAUACCUUGUAUAAAGUAGGUGUGAUUAUUGUUCACUUUCUUUCUUUUAAUAAAGAAAUAGAGAAAUUAAUAGAAGAAGAAAAAAAAAAGGAGUGGUGUUAGAUUGAUUGAUGUAAGUGAUAUUAUGUACCAAUAAUAUUUUUCAUUGGUUAAA